AGCUGGUAAUUUUGUGAAUUUGACACAAUAUAAGGGUCGUUUUCCAUAAACCCUUGAUAUACAUUAGCAACGCCGCUAGGAUUUGCAGGGAUUCCACAGCCGAGGUCAGAUCAACAACCACCGCAGUCGCAGCCAUGGUUCUCAAGACGGAGCUUUGCCGGUUUAGUGGUGCCAAGAUAUACCCAGGGAAAGGCAUCAGAUUUGUUCGUUCCGAUUCUCAGGUCUUCCUAUUUUCCAAUUCAAAAUGCAAGAGGUACUUCCACAACCGUCUGAAGCCAUCCAAACUUACAUGGACAGCCAUGUAUAGGAAGCAACACAAGAAGGACAUUGCCCAAGAGGCCGUGAAGAAGAGGAGACGUGCCACGAAGAAGCCUUACUCCAGAUCAAUUGUGGGUGCCACCUUAGAGGUUAUCCAGAAGAAGAGGAGUGAGAAACCCGAAGUUCGUGAUGCUGCAAGGGAAGCUGCUCUCCGAGAAAUCAAGGAAAGGAUCAAGAAAACGAAGGAUGAAAAGAAGGCAAAGAAAGCAGAAGUAGCAGCAAAGCAACAGAAAACACAGGGCAAGAGUAACAUCCCGAAGGGUGGUGCGCCGAAAGGUCCCAAGCUCGGUGGGGGUGGCGGAAAGCGAUGAGCAUGUUCUUACCUAGCCAGCUAAAUAGGUAGUAUGUUCAUUUUGAAGGCAUUCGUGUCGACUGAAUGACCACUUUGGCCUUAUGGUUCCUGCCUUCAUGCUUUUAUCAUAUACCUUGAACUCUGUAUUGCAUUUUGGUUGUAAAGUAAUUUUAUGGAUUUUGAUUUUGUUUUUAAACCUA